CACUGGGCUUCAGAGAAAAGCAUAAAACGACAUCAAGUUGAAGGCAGAAGGCUAAUGAAGUAUUUAAGGGAAAAUUUAAAACAAUGGUUAAUAAAUAAUUAGUGGGAAGAGAUAAUGUUUUUGGAGCCUUGGGUGGUUCUUACUUGUUACUUUGCUUCGUACGGGCUUUGAAGCUUUACCUCACCGGAGCUUCCAAGGAGAAGACGACACGCAGGGAAACAAAUUAUGGCUCCUUUUGGCGGGAAAUCUUUAGUCGACGCUGUUUCUGGCAUCGGAGGGAAUGGAGUUGGCCGGGCUCUGGCCGCGGUGGCCGCCGCUAUGUUGGUACGUCUGUUAUCAGGACCCGGCAUCGCCCUCUUACCUGAAAACGACGUUGAUGAUGAUUUCUCUGAGACGGAAGGAUCAGGAGAGGAAGAUGGAGAUUCGACUCCCGGGAAAGUUCGCCCAGUGACAAUCCGGUGGAGGAACAUCACGUGCUCGCUCUCCGAUAAGUCCUCCAAAUCGGUGCGGUUUUUGCUGAAAAACGUCUCUGGAGAAGCAAAACCUGGGAGGUUGCUAGCGAUAAUGGGUCCUUCUGGAUCUGGGAAAACAACGUUGCUCAAUGUUCUAGCUGGGCAGCUUAGUUCAUCACCACGUUUGCAUUUGUCAGGUCUCUUGGAGGUCAAUGGGAAACCGAGCUCGAGCAAAGCCUUUAAGCUUGCGUUUGUGAGACAAGAGGAUCUGUUCUUCUCGCAAUUGACUGUGAGGGAGACACUUUCUUUCGCUGCUGAACUUCAGCUUCCGCAGAUCUCUUCUACUGAGGAGAGGGAUGAGUAUGUGAACAACCUCUUGUUCAAACUUGGACUGGUCAGCUGUGCAGAUUCAUGUGUUGGUGAUGCAAAAGUUCGUGGGAUCAGCGGUGGAGAAAAGAAGCGGCUGUCUCUUGCAUGUGAAUUGAUCGCUAGUCCGUCUGUCAUAUUUGCUGAUGAACCCACAACCGGGCUUGACGCCUUCCAGGCUGAACAAGUGAUGGAGACAUUGCGAAAGCUUGCACAGGAUGGACACACCGUGAUCUGCUCCAUACACCAGCCUAGAGGCUCGGUGUAUUCUAAAUUCGACGACGUUGUGUUACUUACAGAAGGAGUUUUAGUCUAUGCCGGCCCUGCAGGGAAAGAGCCUCUGACAUAUUUCGGGAACUUCGGGUUUCUUUGCCCAGAGCACGUAAAUCCUGCUGAGUUUCUAGCUGAUCUUAUCUCAGUUGACUAUAGCUCUUCGGACAGUGUCUACUCUUCGCAGAAGAGAGUACAUGCUCUUGUUGAUGCGUUCUCCCAGCGUUCGUCAUCGAUUCUUUAUGCCACUCCCCUCGGCUUAAAAGAAGAAACAAAGAACAGCAUGAGACCUCGCAGAAAAGCCAUUGUGAAGAGAAAAGAUGGUUGGUGGAGGCAGUUUUCAUUGCUUCUUAAGCGUGCAUGGAUGCAGGCUUCUCGAGAUGGGCCAACAAACAAAGUCCGUGCAAGAAUGUCUGUUGCAUCUGCUCUGAUAUUUGGAUCCGUUUUCUGGAGAAUGGGGAAGUCUCAGACGUCAAUUCAGGACAGAAUGGGUUUGCUUCAGGUUGCUGCAAUAAACACGGCAAUGGCAGCUCUCACGAAGACAGUUGGUGUUUUUCCUAAAGAACGUGCCAUCGUCGAUAGAGAACGGUCCAAAGGGUCUUAUUCUUUAGGCCCUUACCUUCUCUCCAAAACAAUAGCUGAAAUUCCCAUUGGAGCUGCAUUUCCUUUGAUGUUUGGUGCUGUGCUAUACCCAAUGGCUCGCCUCAAUCCCACUUUGUCAAGGUUUGGAAAGUUUUGUGGGAUAGUGACUGUGGAGUCUUUUGCUGCUUCUGCGAUGGGUCUAACUGUUGGAGCUAUGGUCCCAAGCACAGAAGCUGCAAUGGCCGUGGGACCAUCUCUCAUGACAGUUUUCAUCGUGUUUGGAGGUUACUAUGUCAAUGCAGACAACACCCCAAUCAUCUUCCGCUGGAUUCCUCGUGCUUCAUUGAUCCGAUGGGCCUUCCAAGGACUCUGCAUCAACGAAUUCAGGGGCCUCAAGUUUGAUCAUCAGAACUCAUUUGACGUCCAAACUGGAGAACAGGCGCUGGAACGACUGUCGUUUGAAGGAAGGAGGAUAAGGGAGACGAUAGCAGCACAAAGCCGGAUUCUCAUGUUCUGGUAUUGCACCACGUACCUUCUCCUGGAGAAGAACAAGCCAAAGUAUCAAAAGCUUGAGCUUCUUCUUGACGAUGAAGAGACUGAGAAUCCAGGAGUGCAGCUGGAGCAGACUCUGGAUGAAGCAGCGGAUGAUCAAAGGGAGGAGCCUGAAGAUGAUAUCAAGCAGCCACUUGCCGAUCAAAGUCAAACGUCAUCGGAGGAGUUUGACGAAAUCCGUCCCUUCGUCCUCGAAGGUUUGUAAAAAUUGUAAUUACUAAUAGAUAAUAAUCAUCUGUUGGGGCAUUUCCAUGGCAAACAAAAACACUAAGAACAAAACUCUUAACUAAAAGGUGAAAGAAAGAUGUAUAUACAUACACACAUUCAUAAUAAGUUUUUAUAGUUGAAUCGAGCUUUGUGGUGAUUAUGGAUUCAUCUCCACUCUCCAGCAGGUAGCGAGUGACAAAUAAAGGAAGUUGAGUUGAGAAUUGAAUAAAAAGAGUGCUCCUCUUACCUCUCUGCCUUAAACCCAAUGUAAGACCCAUCUUUAAUUUCAUUAGACUUCUUCCACUCUUUGACGUAACCACUUCUGUAACCUCUUGCCUUAUCCACAAAUAAUAAUAGAAACAAGUUUUGUUUUGACUCAAAUAUUCAGAAUUUUUUAAAGAUCUAGGGUGAAGAAGGAGAAGAAGUCUAUUGCGAUGACUUUCAAAUUAAUAUUGAAGAAGAAGGAAAAUAACAUAUGUAUGUAUGUUGGGAUUUAUUGGGAACAUUGAACAUUGCUUAAAAACUGCAAAACUCAGGAGCGGUAACGUCACGAUCGACGUCAGAAGAUUCCGAUCGAACCAAAAUCAGAUUAGAUUACUUGAUUAUACUAGUAACGGAAUCAGUUUCAUAAUUAAACAAGUUAAUAAGAUAAUAACAUAUAUUUGCUCAAAAAAGAUAAUAGCAGCCGCCCAUUGCGAGAAAGUCAAAGACCCAUCGGGAGGGAACGUGGCGUCUGGUCCAAACAUCCUCGUAUCUUGCGUUUACCUGCAGAUCGAGAUUUUUGUUUCUGUUAACACAAAAAUAUGUAUCUCUUAAAAAACACCAUACGAAAGUGCUGCAUUGUAUAAUUUUGUUUAUGAAUUUUAAAAUUUUGAUUUAGUUUCUGAUCUGCGAAUGUGUGAUGGUUUUGGACAUUGUAAGACAAAUGAAGCAAGAUUUCAAAAAAAGAGAGAAACGAGGCAUCGAAAUGUCCUCUUAAUUG